AUCCACACAGGAGAGAAGCCGCACGUGUGCCCCGAGUGCGAGAAACGUUUCUCUCGGAGCGAUGAGUUGAUCAGCCACCAGAGAACCCAUGGACGAGACAGGUGACGAGCAUAGAAGUCAGAUCAUGAUGGGGAGUCCCCAGGAGGGAGAGACGGGAACAUUAGCAGCGUUAUCUCCUUGGGAUGUCCCUGUUGUGGCAGCAAUUUAUGAGCAAAAAUGCGAGACUCGUGUGGAACGAGGACAGAAGCCAGUGGAGAAGGACGGCGAUUUCCACCAGCUCUUGGGGGGACUUGGAGCUUCCGUUUGGGAAACCUCCACAGCACAGUCAAAGGCCAAGAGAGCCGAAAUAUCCAAAUAUAGUCUAAGACCUUCCUGCAGCUCAGGACAUGUUAGGAAACAGGAUACGCAAAGCGGCGUCUACGAAUGUUUUGCGUCGGAGCAAAAGACGCUACCCAAGCCGUGCCUUGUUAAACACCAGAAGAUCCAAGCAGCAGCAGGGGGGGCCUCCGACUCUUGGCAGCACAGAAAGGGCUCCUCUCGGAGACCUAACGUGGUUAGUCGUCGGGGCAGCCACACGGGAAAGAAACAGUACAGAUGUCCCCAGUGUGGGAACAGUUUUGCUAACAGAGCGGUAUUAAAGAGGCACUUGAGAAUCCACACCGGAGAAAAACCGUACAGAUGCCCACAGUGUGAGAAACGCUUCAUACAGCGACAUCAGUUGAUCCUUCACCAGAGAACGCACACGGGAGAGAAACCUUUCAGCUGCCAGGAAUGUGGGAAGAAUUUCUCUCGGAGAGAUAAUAUGAUCAGACAUCGGAGAACUCACAGGGCGAUAAUGCUUUUAUGAACAUGUCAAGUGUGGGAAAAGGAAUGCCUGCGGAAAAGUAGGAUUAGGCACCAGAAUAUCCAUGGACGAAACUGCCGUUGCUUCUAGUGUUGUGGCCAAAUGUGUCUUUGCAAAAAAUUAUAUUUAUUUGUUCUGGAUAUUGAUUUAACAGUUUGCUACAGAAUACAGUGGUGCCUCGCUUAACGAUUACCUCAUUAAACAAUGAAACCACUUGGC